AGUAUAUUUUCACAAUCGGAAAAGCUACGACACGGCGGUUUCGUUUUGUAAACCGAACGGAAAACUAUGAACUUAUUAACGACAAAAAUCUUAGUCGCUGUGCUAUUUUUCUUUAUCCGGUUCUUCUUCGGGAUACUACCAGUUAAAAUUUACAACGUUUUAAGGGCAUGGGAAGGUGAUGAUGAUUCUGGACAUUUCAUCAACCAGAAGAGACAUCAUCAAGUUAACGUCGCUAUUGCUUUGUGCCAAUCUUUUGGCGGAGGAGUACUAUUUGCCACGUGUUUUUUGCACAUGAUGUUAGAGGUGCAAAAAUCAAUGGAGGAUUUAAAGAAAUUCGGUCUGCUCAACAUUGACUAUCCUCUGUCGCAGCUAGCGAUAUGCUUGGGUUUCUUCUUGGUGUAUUUCAUGGAGGAAAUAUCUCAUUGGGCGAUAACGAGAAUUCCCGAUAAAAAGAACGAAGUAUCUAAUAAAAAGCUAUUCAACAACAUCACCAACGCCUCUGUGACCCCUUUGAACGGCGAUUUGAAGCCCGUCAAAGCGUUUAUCGUCGAGGAAGAAUUCGAGAAAGCCAUGAACAACGAGGAAGACAAAGAAAGUUCUUUGAUAACCGAUGAAAUCGUUGGGAAUUCCAUGAAAACCAAAGUGCUAAGUAUCGACAACCAACACGAAAAUAUCGUAUACGAUUCAUUGAGUUUCAAUUCGGAGGAGGUGGUGUAUCACAACCAGAAAAAUUUGGAAAUUAUGGAAAAUUUGGAAAAGCAAAACGUGGAAAAAAUCGAUGACAGCGUAAUAUCGGCCGAAGAAGCGCCGGAAGAAGAACUCAUGGAGGAGGAAAUUAAGUCCAAGCAGCAGAUAAUGCGAGGUUGCUUAGUAAUUUUAGCUCUAUCAUUCCACGCUGUAUUCGAAGGAUUGGCUAUUGGUUUGCAAAAAGAAGCGGGGAAUAUUUGGUACUUGUUUAUAGCGGUUUGUAUCCAUUCCGCCACCAUACUUUUCUGCAUCAGUUUGGAAAUGGUUCUGGCUAAAGUGAAAUCGAAAGCAAUCAUUCUUCAUUCCUUGGGCCUCGCUAUAUCCAGUCCUCUGGGCGUUACAUUGGGAAUACUCGUUACUUUAGACGACAAUGUGGAAACUAAAGGAAGAUCAACAGCUGUUGUGCUUCUCGAAGGUCUAUCAGCCGGUACUAUUUUGUAUAUUACGUUCUUUGAAGUCCUAAAUCGGGAAAAGGAACGAAGAAGUUGGAGAAUAUCUAGAGCCAUUUGCAUUUUGAGCGGGUUCGGAUUGAUGGCCGUUUUGCAAUGGUAUAGGUAAAUUAAUAGGAGGUAUAACUUCGUAAAUUUUAGUAAGAAAGUGAUAUUAAAGACUGAAAUAAUUAAGAAUUGAAGUAGGAAUGUGAUAGAGUAUAUAAAUUUCAUGAUAGGCUGAAAAUUUGUUGGUGAAUUUUUGUAACAUUUCGAUUUGUAAUUAAAUUACGACAGUUAAUAUCCACAGUCUUAUUAUUGACCAUGUGUGUAUGUAUUUGCUGUUGAAAAAUUAAAUGAACUGUCGAUAAACCAGGUUAUUAAAUUUCCACCUUAAUUACCAGGAGUGUCCCAAAGGCCUCAUAAAAGGUCAACGGGUUUUGUUGUUCUUUCGAAAUUCACCCAUUGUUGCAAUUUGAGGCUAUAAUAAAUACAUUUUUGUUUGUAAGUAAAUAUUAGUUCGUAUUCUUUUCUAAAUAAAAUAUUGACAUUAUCGAUUCCUUUUAAUAAUUCAAGAUGCUGUUGAUAUGUAUUCAUUUUUCAC